CUUGGCUUCCCCUCUUCCAUCUCUUCCCCUAUCGUCCUCCUCGUUCCGAUUCUUUGCAACUGCAAGUGCGACCUCUCAAUCGAAAUCCACAACUACGCUGCUUUGCAAUAAUAAUUUUAUGAAUGUGAAUCACAGUUGAUAACGCUUUCUCCUCUGAUUUCAAUUCCUCAACGACGAAGCUGGAUCGUGGAUUUGAAUCAUGGCUAAUUGGAUCUCCUCCAAGCUUAAAGCGGCCGAGAGCAUUCUCCAGCAGAUCGAUCAGCAAGCGGCGGAGUCGCUUAAAAAGGGUGAAAGGCCUCCAGCUCUUGAUAACUUGGAAACCGCUGGAAAAACUGGAGAUAUUUUGCCUUUGAAGGAUCAACUCAAGAAGAAGAACCAAGUAGACAAUGAUUAUCAUGGAAAAUUGCGAAGUGAUCUUAGUUUGAAUGUAAGCAGAAGCCAGGAUAAUGUGAUUUCUGCCGCAUCAAAACCCUCGCCGUCGUCAAAAUCACCUACACUAACGGACAGUGACUGGACUGAACUGCUCGGUACACCUAAUCAACCUUCAGCUUCGGCUGCAUCCCGCAGUACUGGAGCAUCUUCAAUUCGUGGGGCGAAGAGAGAAAGUCGCAGACCAAGUAAUGCAGGUUCAAAUAUGUCGGUGCUGGAUUUCAAGAAAACCCGGAACAACGCUAAUAGCAACAAGUCCGUGGGGGAAAGAAAGAAAUUAAACAGGAAGGCAAGUGAUGUGGAUGAAUCUAAUAUUUCAGUUUCGUUGGGGACAAGUUCAAGAGUUGAUCUGAAAAAUGACAAAAAUGUUACGCAUUCUGGAGGUCAAGAAUUGGACAAGAAAGAGGCUGGAGGCAAUAUUUUAGUUGAAGCAAAAAGUGUGGAAAAAAGGGAAAUCGGUGGGAAUUUUGAUUCCAAGGGUUUUUCUUCAGAGGAUUCUGUGUUGGCAAUAAAAAAUGGUCAAUCCUCAGAAACAGCGUCGGAUACAGAUCAAGCUAAAAGGAUAUCUGAUAGGAAUACCAUUGUGAAAGAUGCUCAAAGUCAUCGAGAAAGUGGUGUUUCUGGAAAAGAUAAAUCGGAUGAAGUUUCUCAUAGUUCUAUAUCUGAUGAUGUGAGAAAAGAGUGGACAGGCUCUUCAACUAGUGAUGGGAGCUCUGGUUCAGAUUCAGACUCAGGUUCAGCUUCUGAUUCUGAAAUUGAACGUGAGAGGGAAGAAAUAAGGAGGAGGAGGCAGAAAAUUCUGGCUGAGAAAGCAGCAGCCAAAGCCAUGGAGGCUAUCAAAGAACAGGAAGACUUGGUGGCUAGACUGGAAGGUGAGAAGCAGAGCCUAGAAAAAAUACUAGAGGAUCGAGCAAGAAAGCAAGCAGAAGAGGCUUCAGAGCUGCAGACAUCUAUGAUGGAAACGAUGGAGGCUGUUGAGCUUGAGAAGCAGAAGCACAAUGAAACCCGUAGAGAAGCCCUUGCAAUAAUGGCCAAGCUUGAGACUGAAAAUGCGUAUCUUGCAAGAACCCUUGCUUCUGUUCAAUGGAAUCUUGAGUUAGAGGGUAAUCGGGUUGCUGGACUUCGACAGCAGAUUGAAUCGAAAGAAACGGCUCAUGAAGAACUGAGGAGGAGGAUCGCAAGCUCUCAUCAAGCUGGAACAUCAACAAAACCAUUGGCUUUUAAAGGAAUUGGAUUUGAAUUGGAGAUUCUUGAGGCAGAGUACUCUCUCAUCACUGAUAAAGUCCUCCAAUUGCAAGAGAAGGGGAAAAAGUUGGAAGGAAACAUAGAGUUGAUGAGAAAAGAGAUGGAGGAACCAACUGAAGUUGAGGUUGAACUCAAGAGAAGGCUUGGCCAGAUGACUGACCAUUUAAUUCAGAAACAAGCUCAGUAUGUGUUGGAAGGGUGGACGAUUCUCAGUGUGCCCGUAGAUCAUGCAGAUGACCCAUUACUUCAAGGAACCCUUUUCUGUCUCCCACUCUUAAUUUCACAAAAUUGUAAUUUCUUUUCGAAGUUUGGCAAGUCUAACUUCCCCCGUACAGUAUGUAGAUGAAUCAUAUUAAACAGUACCAUAUUUUCUCUAUGUUUGAGGAAUGGACAAUUCCAACUGGUCCAAAGAUUCUUCACCUGAACUGUAUUUUUUCCCUUCUGACCUAACACCCCAAGAUACUCAGCGUUUCGUAUUGUGCAAUCUUAGUUGCUAACAGAUCGGGUGAGUAGUUGGAAGUGCUGAAUAUUUCCACUGUCAGUUCUAAAGGAAUAGGGAAUAGAAAUGAGUUUUAAAGUGAUUCUGUCCUUGAAUUGAAGGAUCAUACAACUUUUAGGUUACUGGCAUGGAGUUACAAUAUGUUCUCCAAAUCCGCUCAUUUGUGUAACAUCUCACGUUACUAACUGCUUUUGAUGUAAAUAAAAAAAUAAUAAUAAUAACGUAAAAUUUCGAUGAAAUGGGAUAAAAGCAUCCAUGAUGCAAAUAAUAAUAACCUAGUUCCCUUCUCAUUCCCUAAAGAAAUUGGAGUCAGGAGUCGAAUGGCUGAUAAGUCCAGCUUUCUCGAUAGACUGUCAUCCUCGUAAAUCCAUCGAAGCCUAUAGUUUGUCACCCUAUUAAAGGCUAAAAGCUUCGAUAAAUUUGUUGACUGAGCUAAGUUUAGCUUCUCCAGGGAAAAAUAUUUAGAUUUUAUUCAGAUUUAUAUCUGACCUCACAUUAUGGGUACAUCUGUGGAAUAUUGCAUAUUGUGGUGACUCUUAGCAUCAUUUUGAUAUAUCGUCUAUUCUUUAAUGUUCGUUAGAGGUUUCGUUAUAAGGCUUUACUAUGCUGUUGUAGGCAGUUUAAGAAUGACGGUUAAUCCUUAUUUCUUGCGAUCAUAUCUAUAUUCAUUAGAGCUCUCUUGCAUUAUUAUUCCCUUCUAUUCUCCAAUUGUUCCACAUCAAAACCCUGUUAGAUUGUUAAACAGGAAGGAGUCCCAUGUGUUAAUAGAAUUCACUGUUGGAGUUUGAUUUUUG